ACUGACAAACCAAUCAGUAACCUAGCAAGCUGCUCUGCACCUGUGAGUGUAAGUGGUUUGUGUCUGAACAAAGAUUAAAUAAUUACGUUUAUAUCUUUUGAUAAUUGAAUACAAUCCACUUGAAGUGAUAGAGAAUAUUUGAACUGAGUGUUUUAUCUAUCGAAUAUUAACUUUUACUUUUGUUAAGUUGUUUGUAAAGUGACUUCUUAGUCCAUACAAGUGGAAUAUUAAACACUAUUACAAUUGUGCAAAUACUGUGAUCAUUUUCUCGGGGCUUUCAGAAGAAACAGAGUACGAUUUUUGUGUGUGCGUGUUCAACAUGUGCUCAAUGGGUGCAAUGUCAGCUGCAGAAAGCCAGUUUCUGAGAAACGGUACCAGUGAUGGAGUAGUUUGGAGUGUUUACAAAACAUUCUCGAUUAAUUAUCUCCCAGAUUUAUGGAUUCCAGUAAUAUCAUUAAUUCCGAAUUUUGAUAAUCAUCCAUGGCUGUUCUCCGUCAUUGGCUCUGCAGUAAUCGGUCUGAGUGGUGUGUUGCCGUUGCUUGUAAUACCGAUCGAAGAAGGAGCUAACCUAAAAUCUGGCGCUAGCGCCCGCACUUUGCGGGUCCUGCUCAGCUUUGCUGUUGGGUGUUUGCUCGGAGACGUGUUUCUGCACCUAUUACCAGAAGUUUGGAUGGAACAGGAGGACACUGUUGAGCACGUGAUUGGACACCCGGCUCUGAACAAAGGACUCUGGGUACUCGCUGGCUUGCUCAUAUUCAUCGUACUAGAGAAAGUAUUCACCUCUAUUCCAGGAAAGAUCGACGUCCAAAAGACAGCCUCUGACGUGAAUGUUAAACAGGAAAAUGUAUAUGUUCUUAAUAACAACAUUAAAGAACUUGUUAAUAGGCAUGAAAAUGACCACCACACAAAUCUAAAGAGAUCAAACGCACACGAACAGAAGGCACUGCUCAAUCCAAUCAAGUCUACAACUAUAAAGGUGAGUGGAUACCUGAACUUAAUGGCGAACUCAUUUGACAAUUUCACUCAUGGUCUGGCUGUUGGAGGCGGCUUUCUAGUAUCAUUCCCGCACGGUGUCCUGACAACGCUUGCCAUCCUCUUCCAUGAAAUACCGCAUGAAGUUGGGGACUUUGCGAUUCUCCUGAAAUCAGGAUUUUCACGAUGGGAUGCAGCACUAGCCCAGAUUGCUACAGCGUCAGCAGGGAUUGUUGGUGCUGUCACCGCUGUCGCCCUCAGUGGUGCAACCUCUAACGUUGAGUCACGGACAUCCUGGAUUCUGCCAUUUACUGCGGGCGGAUUUCUGCAUAUUGCGCUAGUCACUGUGUUGCCAGAUCUUCUUCAGGAGGAGAACCCAAAGGAAUCAUUGCUCCAUCUGGCAUCCUUGCUCGGGGGCAUUGGUAUCAUGGCAGCCCUCAUUAUGGUUACAGAUUAAAAGAGAAAGCAUUACAAGGUACAAUGGGCAUGUUUUGUAAUGUGCAGGUUGUAAGCCUGUACCGAUGUAUGUGUGUUAACUACUGUGAUCGAGAUUUACAGCUGACUGGCGAUGAAGGGUUUUCUAGCAAACAUUUUUGUGCACUUUCUUAAGGAUAAUAUGAAUUUGUUGUAUAGAUUUCUGUACCAUAUCUAUUAUUCAGAAAUUAUUUUGAAAUGUAUGUAUAUAUAUAUUAUACUUGGAAACAAAAGAAAAAAUAGCA